UCCAGGAUUGGUGGUAUUCUAAUCAUUAGAAAGCAGUAUGAUAGUGAAGGUGUUGAGUGUGGCGUGUUGCCUGCUGGCAGCCGACGUGUGGGCCGCGCCCGCCAGCCCCAACACACCUGCUAUCACAAUCGGUACCAUCACCAAUGACAUCAUCUCCCAGUCCACCCUUCUCCACACCGCGAACCACGACGUCACGUGCCUCGGAGUUCUGUUUGGAGAAGAUAAAGAAAUCGAAGACAAAGUUGUGUUCUUUAUAGAGUCAGAUGUUAACAAACAAGGAGAGAGAGUCGACUACGGCUUAUAUGCGUUAACUAAUGACCCCGAACGUUCUAACCAUACGGUUUCAACUAAACUAUUGGAUAACGCCAGGGAUAUCGCUGUAGCCUCCUUAACGGAAACGGUGUAUUUCGCCACCAAAGACGGGAUAUACGUUUACAAUAAGAAGAAAAAUUCAGCAGAAAAGUUCGGAUCCGUCAGUGACGAAGUGAUCUCGAUCGCGGCAGAGAAUUCUACCGGAGUGCUUUACUACGUGAACAAGCAGCAUCAGCUCUACAAGGUGACCGAAAGAGGACAGAAGGCUACUAUCGUUGACGAAGUUAAAAACGCGGAGCAGAUCACCGUCGACUACAAGGGGCACCUGUAUUAUUAUACUGUCGAUAAAAAGUUCUACGUGUACGACGGCCAAAACGCAAAACUAGUUGAGGGUAUCCCUAGUAAUCGGAAUAAAGUAUCGCUCUUGAGGACUAUGGUACUGGCGGGGGACUACGGUUUAGUGAUCAUGGACGGCGAGUACUUCACGAUAUACGGAGCGAACGCGUCUGGGCAAGCCGCGAGCCGGGGCGGCGGUUCCUUCGUCACAAGCGCAGUGUCAUUCGAAACCGGCCUUGUCAUGUACUUUUCCGUUGACAGCAAGAUCUACGAACUUAACAUUAUUGAGAAAGUUGUCAAAGUCGUGAUAGAAGGACUGUCCAGAGGACUUAAAACAUUUAUGGAGGAAAUGCGAAAUGCGUUUAAUUCGUUUGAUUUUUAGGACA